CACAAUCACAGUGAGUGGAUCGUACAGAGCGCAUUUUGUUCCCACACCGAGACUAACUAACACUGAGUCAGAAUGGGAGUCGAGGUUGAGACGAUAACACCUGGAGACGGAAGCACCUUCCCCAAAAAGGGACAGACCUGUGUCGUGCACUAUGUCGGUUCCCUGACUGAUGGGCGGAAGUUUGACUCCUCUCGGGACCGAGGCAAACCAUUUAAAUUCAAGAUCGGAAAGCAGGAAGUGAUCCGUGGUUGGGAUGAAGGAGUGGCCCAGAUGAGUGUUGGCCAGCGUGCUAAGCUGACCUGCACACCAGACUUUGCCUACGGGAGCAAAGGCCAUCCCGGAAUUAUCCCUCCCAAUGCCACCCUCAUAUUUGAUGUGGAGCUUAUUGGCCUGGAAUAAAUUCUCUGCAGCUCUUCUCAGGUUUUUCCCUAUUCGUUGUUUCAGGGUCAACCUUUUUUUCGGGAACAUGGCCUCCUGCACGUGAUCCUUGAAAGGGGCUAGUGUUAAUAGCUACACCACUUAGCUUAGCUCUGUUAACCAUUUGUAUAUUUUGUUACAUUUUUAUUUCCUUUCAGUUCAAAAUAAUCAUUGGGAUGCUUUCACCCACUGAAUGCUUACUAUACCCCACACACACACCCUUUUCAUCCAGCCUUUUUUUUUUGUAUUUGAUUAAUUUCUGCAUUGCAAACUUUGUCACUGCAACAGGGCUUUUGCUGAGCUGGUAGUCUGUACUCUGGUGGGGAAAUUUAAAUAAUUAUGAAAUGAUAACCUACUUGAAAAUAAACAUUGUUUAUAAAAAGACA